UAUGUUCAGACCACCUGUCAACCGCGCCAUGCGCGUCUUGGAUCGCUCCUUCUUCCAGAAGAAAAUCCCAAUCUCUGCAGCUCGCGUCGUCGACAACAAGACUAUUUCGAAAUGCAGGGCCGAGCUUUUCCGCUCCAAGGAUGCAUUGCUCCUAGAAAGGUAUCAAAUCGUCAGACCUGAUCCUGUGGAGUCUGAAGCGAAAGUUGGAAAGAAAUGUAUCCUGCUUAGACCGCAGAUCGAUGAUAAAGGCGCCGACUAUCCUUGGAGUAAAACUGUUUCGGAGAUGGAAAAGUCAAACAUGAUCAAGGUCGUGCCAUACGAGAUCAGUCUGGACUACGACUACUGGGACUAUCAGGACAUUGCCAGUGCUGUACUUCCUCAGAGCGAGGAACACGACGAGAUUCCGUCCGGUUUCACCCUCGUUGGCCACGUUGCUCAUCUGAAUCUUCGCGAUCAGUACAUGCCUCACAAGAACAUCAUCGGUGAGAUGCUGAUCGACAAGAAUCCUGGUGUGCGGACCGUUAUAAACAAGGUCGACGAUGUUGGUGAGGAGAGCGAAUAUCGUACCUUCAAGUACGAAGUCCUUGCCGGGCCUGACGACAUGGACGUUGAGAUCCGUGAAGCCGACUGCACAUUCAAAUUCAACUACGCAAAGGUGUACUGGAACAGCAGACUGAAUACAGAGCAUCAGCGACUUGUCGAUGCCUUCGGCAAAGGGGAGGCUGUGUGCGAUGUCAUGGCCGGCAUCGGGCCAUUCGCGGUCCCGGCAGGCAAGAAGGGUGUGUUCGUUUGGGCCAACGACCUCAAUCCAGACAGUCAUACCAGCAUGCUUGAUGCCAUCACACGCAACAAAGUCGGCCAGUUCGUGAAGCCUUUCAACGACGACGGUCAUGUCUUUAUCAAGGAAGCCGCUCGUAAGCUUCUGAAGACAAAACACGAGGUGCAGAUCUUUGCAAAACAAUCUCGUACAGAAGCCAAGACGACCGGAGCCUCACCCAAGGUUUUGAAGACCGUCAAACAGCCCAAGACAUUCUCGCACUACGUUAUGAAUCUGCCUGCAAGCGCUAUCGAGUUUUUGCCGGCGUUCAUUGGCCUAUACACUGAAGAAGACAGGAAGCUGCUUCCCGCAGACUUCAAGUUGCCUAUGGUUCACGUCUACUGCUUUGACACAAAGAGCGACGACAACGUGCAGGAAGGUAUCAACAUCUGCAAGAGAAUCUCUGAACAGAUCGGAUACGAAGUCACACCCCAGACGCCAGAGCUCAGCAUUUUCGAUGUCAGAGAUGUUGCGCCGAAGAAGAGAAUGUUUUGUGCUUCAUUCCGCCUCCCCGAAGAGGUUGCGUUCGCGCCUAGAAAGUCUCUGCCCACGCGAUGAUAGCAAAAAGUCUUCAUCACGACCACGUUGUCAUA